AUGGAACAGGCACAACAAAUCUACGAUAGACAAGGACACGCUUUUCGACUUAACCUGGAAUUUGGUCUCAUUUUAAGAAAUACGGAGACGGGAGAAUAUCGAUAUUUUCGUGCGUAUGCCAAUGAAUCUUUAUUCCAGCGUCCCGUCUACAUUUCAAAACGGGGAGAUUUAAACCGAUUGCGACUCAGACUGGAACGAUUCAAUGUUACCGAUUUCCUCUUGAGGCAAAGACCGGAUACCAAGUGGAAACCGUACCUGGUCACUAACGCUCGAUUCGUCCUGUAUCAUUUGAACUAUCCAUUGGGAUACAUUGGCGAUCAAGACGACGGUGUGGCUUUAACCGUCUACAAAUCCAGAUGUCAGUAUGAAGACAAUAUGAACGUCAACCAAUUCGACCAUCAUUUGUCUUACAUUUCCAAUUUAACGGCGUACACCCAAAAAUAUCAAUGCGGGACCUGUAACCGGCAUUUCAACCGGUUAAAUAACAUGAAACGACAUCAAUUAAAAUGUACCGGAAAGACCGUCUACAAUUUUAAAGGAGGAUUCUAUUCCAACCCGAAAACCAUUUUCGAUAAAUUAGAAGAACAGGGCAUCCACGUGCAAGAACGGCUCUUCAAAUGGUUUGUCGUCUACGAUUUCGAGGCCAUGCUCGUAUCUAUCCAAGACUCGAAUUCCGAGAAGUUGACGUGGACGCAACGACACGAUCCCGUUUCCGUUUCUGUCUGUUCUAAUGUAGAUGGAUUUUUCGAACCUCACUGUAUCGUGGAAACUGAUAUGCAGGUGCUCUUACGUAAGAUGGUGGACUACAUGAACCAGAUCGGCGACAAAUCAUACGAGCUUACACGACACUCAUUUGAAGAUGCCUUCGAUCAACUGGAGAAAGACAUUCAAAAUCCGAUGCGUGCCUUGUUAGAAGACGACGACGACGACGAGUUUAAACUUGACGCGUUCCUGGACGACGAAGAACUUUUUGAAGUGAACGAAAAAACGAAAAACGUUUUUAAAAAACUGAAAGAAGAACUCGACGCCUACUGUCGACAGACCAUCGUCCUAGGAUUCAACUCGGCUAAAUACGACAUGAAUCUGGUCAAAACCCAUCUUGCCAAAACUUUAGACAUGCACCAACCGGGAAAAAACUUUACCGUGAAAAGGAACAAUAGUUACGCCUGUUUGGCUAACGAUAAAUUCAAAUUUCUGGACAUCACGUCGUAUUUAGCCCCGGGGGUCAGUUAUGUAAAAUUUCUGAAAGCAUUUGAUGUCAUCGACAACAAAGGAUUCUUUCCGUACGAGUGGUUCGACGGAGCUGAAAAGCUUGAUCAUCCUGCAUUACCUCCACACGCAGCUUUCUACAGCUCUUUGAAAGAGUCCAACAUCACCAUGGAAGAAUACAAAUUCUGUCAGAACGUCUGGUUCGAGAACGACAUGUCUACGUUUCGAGACUUUCUCGUGUGGUACAAUAAUUUAGACGUCGGACCGUUUGUCCAGGCCGUGCAAAAUCUUCAAAAAUGUUAUUUCGACAGAGAUAUCGACAUCUUUAAAUCCUCCAUAUCCGUACCGGGACUCGCACGACGUAUGCUCUUCGAUACGGGUCGACAGGCCGGAGCCUCCUUUGCCCUAUUCGACGAAGCCAAUAGCGAUCUAUACCACACCGUCAAACAGAAUUUAACCGGUGGACCGUCCAUCAUUUUCAAUCGACACCACGAAGUCGGACAAUCGUAUAUUCGAAACAAUCCAGAGAAGCCCUGUCAGAAGAUUCUCGGAUUCGAUGCCAACGCUCUCUAUCUGUGGGCCAUCGACCAGGACAUGCCUACUGGAGCCUUUGUUCGUCGACGUUUGGAGGAUGGAUUCAAACCCAAGAAAAGAGACAGAUAUACGAUGAUGUAUGAAGUAUUUGCCACUGGACGUCAAGGAACCAACAAUAUAGCACCAAUCGAACAUGGAAAAGUAUAA